GUAGCAAGCAUUGUAAUUCUCAGCAGUGUGGAGGUAAAAGCUGGCAGAAGAGCAGAUGCAAAGCACUAUGAUAGCAACACUUCAUCUUUUCUGGGUGGUCAUGCUGAACAGCUGGGUGUGAGGGGACCUGUGUCUGGCCCAGCUUUGCUCAUUGUCAGAAGCAGAAUUCUGCUUCAAUUCAAAAUAAUUGUCUGGAAUACAGUUGUGGUUUUUCUUGAGUUUGGUUCUUAUAAUGUUUUUUUCUUAAUAAUAUAACUUCCCCACUAAAAAUAUAAAUAAACCUGGCAAUAAGGGGAACUAGCAAUUCCACAUACAUUUAAAAGCAGCAUGAAGAAAUGCAUCCAUCUCCUCAUUGGCCCCAUUAGCGGGGACGGACGCGGACUGUCAGGUGUCAGGGUUUCAGGAAGGGGCUCAGAGCACUGGAAGGCUGCGCUGGGAUUUGAAUUCCCUGGACUAGAACCCUGUAACAAGAAGAACAGGCUAUCAGGAGAGAGGGGCUGUGUUUCCUAUCAUCUCCUCAGAAGUGACAGCCCAAAGUACACAAUUGUUUUAAAUAGUUUUCCUUGGUUUUGCAGACACCCAGACUUUGGGUAGUGAGCCAGCAUUCACAGACUGUCCCUGCAUGUGAACUUCUCCAGUUGUGCUGGGGUGUCACUAAGCCCAGCAGUCACCCUGAGUGUGGGAGUGUGAAAAGAGAAAAGGGAGAACAGAACUGUACUUGAUUUCAUUGAAAUUUGGAGCUGAGAGAAGCUGAAACAAAGCAGAAAUAAUGUAAGCCAUUGUCUGUGAAGUGCGUGGCAAGCUGCUCUCCUUUGCAGCAGGCUGUUUAGAUCUGAGCACAAAGCCAUUCAUACUGUGACACUUGAAUCCUGGCAGGUCGGUGACAGUGCUGGGUAUGACACUGCGCUGGGUAAUGGUAUGUUACCACAGGCAACAGCAGCCACGGGAGCUAAAUGCUCUUCAUGGCCUCUGUGACCGAUUUCUUUCCUUUCUGCAGAGUCCCCCUCUGCCUGGCUCUGCGACUGUCUCUCACCUCUCUGCCUUUCUGAGGGGAUGAGGCCCAGCUCCAGGCUGACCUCAGUCCUGAAAGCUGAAGGCACCACUGGCAGCUUCCUCAGUCAAUGCUGAAUGGGUGAAGGCAUUAAUUGGAUGCUGAGCUGUCAGCAGGCACUGGGCAGGAAUCAUUUGUGGUCCCAGCGGCGUAGUCCUGUUUGGGUUGGAGCUGAAUCACUUUGACAAGGACUCAGGGUGCUGCACGUGGAAGGGGCUCACAUCUGGGUGCUGCACUGUCAUGGCAGAGUUCACAGAGCGGAGAUCAGACUGAGGAAUUAUUACUUCCUAAAUAAGCCCCGUCCACACCAAGCACAUCAAUGUUAUUGCCAUCAGCAGAAAUGGAAUUAGUUGUCAGGGAGUGUUUCCAAUCUAAAUGUUAGCAGCUGUUAUUAUUUCAGUAUGGCAAAUUUUAUGAUUUUGCCUACAAGUCUGCUCUCAGUAAAUUUAAAAAUUAUGUACAAGCCAGAUUGUAUCUGCUAUGGAUCUCACUUACCAGGAGAGGAACACAAGAGGAAGACUGCGAUGCAUAAUGUCAGUGGGGAUGAAGAGAUACACAGACCAGACCUGACAUAGCCAAAUGCUGCAGACUGAGCCCCAUGUGCCCCCUGCAGCUUGCAGAUCUUCGGGUGCUGAGCACCUUGCAUAGAACUGCUGUGCUGGGACAGCGGCUCUGCACUGCGCGGCUCUGCACCGUGUAGCUCGCAGGCACUGUCGGCUUUGUGUGAAGCUGUUCUGCACCCCUACGUUAAAAAUAUUGGAGGUUUUGAAUUGUCAGCGUGUCUGAAUUUCAGAGCUGCGUUCUUUAAUUCACUCCUGGGACAGUCACUCCAUUAUCACCAGUUGUGGGGAGUCUAUGAAAUCUUUUAUUGUCUGUGUAGUGUCCUGCACAAUAUCUGUGCCUGUUAAUCCCAUGUUUCUGACUCACAGAAGCAGUACUGAUCACUGCAAAUGAAGAGGAAUACAGUGUCCUCGGAGCAUUAAAGCAAAUCUACAAGGUAAGAAUCCCAGAUCAGAGACUUCAAGGACUGUUAUUCAUAGCACAACUUAUGAGUGAAGGAAAAAAAAAUGGAGGGAUUUGUAUACAGUUCUGAUUGUUUCUGCUCCUUCACCAAACUGUGUAUUUAAAACAAAAAAGUACAAACUGCUGGCUUCUCUGGAGAACUGCAGUCUUCCAGAGCACUCUCUGAAGGAACUGGUACAUUGAUGGAAAUUUUGAUCAUUUAGACUUAGGAAAUGUAACAGUUGAAUUUUCUCCCUUUUGUCCACACUCAAGCAAUGAAACAUUGCAUCUUCCCCAGCUACUUUCAGCUCUGAAUUGCGCAGCACAGACAUUUUCUCUUUCAAACCAGAAGUCCUUGAUCAGCUUUUGGGGCCACGUGGGCUCACACCUGGGCACGGCCAUGCUUCUGCCCUGAGGACGCUGCCCACUCCCCAUGGAUCUCUGCAGGUCGCUCUGCUGCUCCAUCGUACAUCCUGAGGUAGUGGGAAAAGGCUCAAAUUGUGAAUGUGUGAGCAGCUUUAUCUGGAGCAGCUCUCAUGAAUUUUCCUGGCUGUGGGAGGCCCAUGGCCAGCAUCAGCAUCUAUGCUUGCAGGGAAACGGAUGGGUGCGGUGCCAGGAAGAAGAGAAAUGCACAUCUUGAGCAUGACAGAAUUUUGGGAAUAGCAAACUCUCUAAUGUAGUGGCCUUGUAUACUCAGUAUCACCCACAUAUCUUCUUAUAAAGUAUUUACAUACCUCAUAAAUAUGGAAUAAGAUAACUUGCAGGAAUCUGUAGGGACAAUCUUAUUCAGCUUUUCAAACUCAUUAUGCAGGUAAUGAAAGCAUUUUCCUCCUGCUAUGCUUGUUGCACAAUGGCGCUUUUGUCACUGAAUUCUGACUUCAUCAGCCAAGCACAAUCCUGACUGCUGAUGCAAAAAUCAUAAAUGGAUUAUGCAUAUUAAAAUAUUUUUCAUGAUAUUGAAAAAUGAAUGAAGAUAUUUCUAUCUAGGAGUUUAGUUGCCCUGAACAAUUCAGCUGCAGACCCCACAUCUGUGUAAAUGAUGUGACUACUCCCACUGGCAUCAUCCAAGCAUAGAAGAGCCCUCCUAGCUGAAGCAUUAGAAAUCACCAUCAAUUCACUUCAUUUCAGGUCCCCAGCACUGCUGACAUCCCCAGCUGUGGUCCUCGCAGUGGUCUACAACUGAACGUAUCUGCAGUAGCCAUUAAGGGCAGUGCAAUGUAUCUGCCAGGAGAUGUCCUGGCCAAUUCUGGGCUUUCUUUCAAAGAGACUUGAAAAUAUCUUUAUAAAUUGUCUCUUGAACUCUCUAUUCCUCUUGAUUAAACAGGCAGGGCUAAUUACAAGAUAGAGCCCAGAAUUAUCUACUAGAAGACGGAUCUUUGUUAAUGAAAUCCAUUGAUAAUGAAACUAAUGAUGUCCAGCGCUCAGGGCUCUCCUUGGUGAAGGAUGUAGUGCUGGUUUGUGAGUGCACAAAAUGAAUGUAGCUGGCUCUGGACCCUCCCUCCCAGGCAGUUAUUUGUGAUUGGUUUUAUUUCACCCCACAGUACAAUAGGGUAAGUAAGAGGUCUCUUUUACACCUCUGUUUACACUAGAAUUACACCUAUUUUGCUCCUCUCUGAAUUCAAGUAUCUACAUCCCUCUACUCAGAAAAAACAAUAUUAUGGAAAUGAAGCCAUCUUAAAGUUUUUUCUUUGAAUCUUCACAGGAGCAGACAGGAACAAGCACUUAAAAAUACUUACUGCUAAGACUGUGAUAGCAGAGCCUGGGGGGAAAGGCUCCAUAACUAUCAGUAUUUGGCAUGUAGUUCUGGACUGUCUGGUAAUGAAGAUGAAUCAUGUCUUUUGAAGCUCUUUCUUUAAAAUUAGCUUAAAUGAAGGUGCAGGAGUGAGCAUUCUUGACCCUGGGCACUUCUACAGAAUGUACAGUGAAGCUGAUUGCUGAAUUAUCUGGCUUAUGUUUGUGAGAUGGGAAAAGGUCCCUGCAGGCAGGCACAGGGAAGGUAUCCUGGAACUAAGACAGGCAGUGAUGUGCCCAUGACAGCUGGCCUCAUCCUGGCUGGGUGUAUUUGUGCCCUUACAGAACAGAAGCUAAGAGGAAAAAGCUGCAGCACCUGCCUGUACACUCAUACCCCGAACCAGCUGCAGGCCGAUCUCAGUCCUAGUGGCAGAACAUAUGAGAAAAACACUUAUGACAAAAGACAUUCUGAAUGGCCAAAGGUAUUUUGAAUUGUCAAGCCAGUGCUGGGAUGCUGAAUCUGCCAGAAAGGUGAAGCUGCCUUCUGUCUCCAACACAGCAAGAAACCCGGCUGCUCGUGCCCAGCCCCACUGCUGGUGCUGCUCUGGCAGCUGACCACUGGCUUUGAGCUCAGGGACAGAGCUGCUCUGCAGGUGGCUUUGUCUGGAGAAGAAGGGAAGGAGAAGAUAAGGGAUUCCUGCCUUUGCUGUUUCUGGCCCUUCUGCUCCUGCUCUCCCAUCCUGCCUUGGUGUCCAGCUGGCCAAGCUGCGAUAGAGUCUCCAUGAACACCCAGUAGCAUCCUGGAACUUCUGCUCUUGUUUCCAUAUCGUGUUUCACUUUUUAUGGUGUGCUCCGCAUCACGAGGGGAUUGCCAAGGGGUCAAUACCAGGCACAAAGUGGGGAGCUCACUGGAGGAAGAAAUCUUCAGAUACUCUCUGUCUGCAGAAUCACAGAGUCAGAAACUCUAGAAGGCAGCAAAAGAAAGAUGUUGAAAUUUAGUAAAGAGGCUGCACCCCACCAAUCUUUUGUGGUGGGUACACAGAAAGGGGGGAAAAGACAGGAAAGAGGGAAGAUAAGAUAACAUUUCUCUGUAUUUUGCUGCUCUGCUAGAAUCUGUAGAUGCCAGACACUUCCAUCACCUGUCUGUGGGGCUGCAAUCCAUCUCAGGGUGAGCCAGGAGGAGAUACACUAUUGGCUAUUUCAUAUGCAGUGUGUCAUCUGGAAAGCUGUAUAUAGAGCGAGGAAAGCGGGGACCACUCAGUCUCUGAGCAAAGCUGCUUCCAGUGAAUAGCUCAGAGCUACUUUGAGGAUGGAAAGAAAAAGGAAAGGCUUCCUUUGCUUUUUUUGGUUCUGAUAAGCGCUGAAAACUGUUGGGAAAUUGAGUGCUGAUUGGUGAAGGACUGUGUGGAAUAGCAAUAGAGCACUUUUCCACAGAGAAGUUGUGGGAGAGAAGAACAGUACCUGGGAGGAAAAAUUCACUAGGAUUUCUUCCUACGUACAGAGAGGAAGUGUUUGGGGAUAUUUCAGCAUCUGAAUCAGCUCCUAUAUACAGGACGUAUGCAACUGAAAAUGAAGAUCAGUACCUGGAGAGUCCUGGAGAACAGCUGAUGCAUAAUCAGCACAGGAAAAAGGACCUGUUUAUCAACUCCUUUAUGUGGUUUGCAACUGCAGGGCACAUUUUUACAAUGAAAGCAUGCAUGUUCCUCCCUGCAACCGCUGACUGUAGUGCCUGAGCUCCCGGGAAGGAGGAGGGCAGGGAAACGUGCUGCCGGCCCCAGGGGUGCCAGGGACACUGGCAGCGCUUCCUGCACCAUGAGCAGGCACACGUGGUUCCCUCUGCAGUACAUCUCCAAGCCCUUCUGGAGAGCAGAGAAUCACACCAGCACCAGCUUCCUCUCCACUCGGUACAGCUUCCCGAACCAGUCCUUCUUCCACAGCGAUUUGGACCUGGAGGACCUGGGGGACUUUGGCAGCAGGACCAAAUAUGAGGGUGAAUCCCAGAGCAGGACAGUGCAGGCGCUGCUGAUCGUAGCUUACUCAGUGAUCAUCUGCAUCUCGCUCUUUGGAAAUACCCUGGUGUGCCACGUGGUGAUCAAGAACAAGAGGAUGCACUCUGCCACCAGCCUGUUCAUCGUCAACCUGGCCGUGGCCGAUGUGAUGAUCACCGUCCUCAACACCCCCUUCACGCUGGUGCGGUUUGUGAGCAGUACCUGGGUCUUUGGAAAGCUGAUGUGUCACGUCAGCCGGUUUGUGCAGUACUGCUCCGUCCAUGUGUCCGUACUGACCCUUGCUGCCAUUGCUCUGGAUCGUCAUCAGGUUAUCAUGCACCCUCUCAAGCCACGUAUGUCCAUGGUGAAAGGAGGGAUUUGCAUCAUUAUCAUCUGGGUUAUGGCCAGCUGCUUCUCACUGCCUCAUGCCAUUUAUCAGACCUUGACAAGGUUUUAUAUCGGGAACAGAACAAUCCGAACAGUUUGCCUCCCCAGCUUCCCUCCUCCUGCUGACCUUUUCUGGAAGUAUUUGGACUUAACUACAUUUGUUCUCUUGUAUGUUCUGCCCUUGCUUGUGAUCUCUGUUACCUAUACCAUGGUGGCUAAGAAGCUCUGGCUGAGAAAUGCCAUUGGGGACAUCACCAUGGAGCAGUACUAUGCCCAUCAGCGGAAAAAGAAGAUGACACUGAAGAUGCUGAUGGUGGUGGUGAUUGUGUUUGCAGUGUGCUGGUUCCCUCUGAACUGCUACGUGGUGCUGAUCUCCUGUAGGGCCAUCCACAGCAGCAAUGCUCUGUACUUUGCUUUUCAUUGGUUUGCCAUGAGCAGUACUUGCUACAAUCCUUUCAUUUACUGUUGGCUGAAUGAGAACUUCAGAUCUGAGCUAAAGUCCUUGCUGUGUGUGUGCCGGCAGAGGAGCACAGCCCAGAGCCACGCUCUGCAGUCCAUCUCCCCUCCAUUCAGGCCCGCCUGGCUUGAGAGCUGCCAGUACAAGACAGGCAGCACCUGCCAGAAAACAGAGCCGACCCAAAGGAAUUCUACCAAGGCAGACAUAUCCAGCGUUCAACCAAUUGUGGCAGAAAACUAAAUCCCCGAUCUGAUGUCCAGGCAGCAUUCAGUCUGUCCCAGUUCUGGGAAUUAAGAUGUGGUCAGCAGUGAUAACGGUGUGGCAGCUGCUCAGCAAGAUGCUGCACUUUGGAUAGGUAAAGCCUGCACUGUAACACAAAGACAAAUGUUUUUUAAAAUCCAGAAGCAGGAAAAGUUGGCACAAGGUUUGUUUGUAAACCCCCCUAGAUAACACAGAGCAUGUGAUAAUAUGCCUUCCACGUAACCU